AUGGCCGCCCGACAAAGCGAGCAACGAACACCUGAUGAACACUCACCUCUCAUCGCGAACCGUGAAAAUGCCGAAGCUGGAGUUUCAACUUCCUCUGGAGACAGAGAGAGCCGGCUCUCGUCAAGAAUCGCCUGUCGUCUCUACACAUCGCAUUUCCUGUCGACAUGGAACUCCCGCGUCUUCGAGUUCGGGGCUGUCCUGUACUUGGCUACAGUUUAUCCCGGGACGCUACUUCCGAUGUCCGUAUACGCACUUGCCCGUGGCCUGGUAGCGAUUCUCUUUGCAUCGGUGGUGGGUUACUAUAUUGAUGUUGGGGACCGUCUGCAGGUCGUCCGCGUUUCGGUUGGCAGGUUGCUUCAACGACUAGUUGUGGCAGCUUCGUGUGCCAUAUUCUAUGUGCUAGCGAUUGGCAUGCCCAUGACACGAGUAGUGAACCUAAUUUUGCUGGCGACCCUUACAUUCCUGGCUUGUGUUGAGAAGCUAUGCUCUAUCUUGAAUAUGGUUGUUGUCGUUGCAGGGACCGAUCAUGCGAGCCUAAGACGAUUGAACGCCCAAAUGCGACGAGUGGACUUGGUCUGCAAGCUGCUCGGUCCUCUGUUCAUCGCUCUCAUUGAUGGCAUAUCAACGGAAACCGCUAUCAUUGUCAAUUUUGGGAUGAAUAUCUGUUCGAUCGCUGUGGAGUACUUCUCCAUCGCCAAGGUAUAUGAUGAAAUACCAGAGUUACAGAAUGCAAAGAAAAUGCCUCAUAGAUCUCGGCCAGAAUUUGGCCAGCAGAAUUUCUUCGCACGCGUCCGGAGGACUGUGUUUCGUGGCGCACGUCAAGCUCUGAACGACUUCGAUUUCUAUUUUCGGCACCGAUGCUUCCUCCCAUCCUUUGCUGGAGCCUUACUGUACUUGACUGUCUUAUCUUUUGCUGGUCAAAUGGUCACUUGGCUUUUGUCGGCAGGUUAUGACUCGACACAAGUCGCUGUGGCAAGGACUUUGGCUGUCGGAUUCGAGGUACUGGCUACGUGGGUUGCUCCCUGGCUCAUGGGGAAAAUAGGACCCACGCGUGCUGGCCUCUGGCUCGUGAGUUGGCAGAUAACAUGCUUGACCAGUGGCCUCGCUAUCUUUUGGCGCUUUGAUAACCAGCCUUUUCUCUCGGCAUCUGGUCUCGUCGGUGGUGUGAUCUUCAGCAGACUUGGCCUGCGAGGAUUUGAUCUAUGUGCGCAGAUCUUGGUUCAAGAGGGUAUCGAAGCCGAGGCGCGGGGAUCCUUCUCGUCGACCGAAGCUGCAUGGCAGAACCUAUUUGAGAUCUGCUCCUUCAUUUCCACCGUUAUCUUCUCACGCCCAGAUCAGUUCAAAUGGCCGGCUCUAAUUAGUGUAAUUUCUGUCGUCCUUACCGGUCUCCUUUACGUCAUGUUCGUGCGAAUCCAAAGAGGGCAUCUACUCCAUUUCCCAAGUUGUGUUACCCCCAAGCGCCUGCACCGUUCUAGAGAACGAGCUCUUGAGAGGAUCUCUUCCUUUUCGGAUUUCUGA